CUUCUUAUAACUCAUUUCCCCAUUUUACUAAAUCUUAUCUCUCAGUAGGGUUUUUAAAACAGUUAAAAGUAUUCAGUUGAGAGUUAAUCCAAACGCUGAUCUAAUCAGCUUACAGGAAUGAGGCACUCUGUACAACAUAAUGCAUUACAAAUAGUACAAAAUGAUUGGCCCAUCAGCAAGAUUCUCACCCCUUCAGACGUUGAUAUCACCCAUCCAUUCCUCACUCUACCGCGCCAACCAGUAGAAACACACAUCCUCAUUCAUCUAACACAACUCGAGAGAGAUUAUUUACUUAACAAAGAACAAGUAUCCAUUGAUGCUCAAGAUGAUGACACUGGAGAUGUGUACAUGAUGAAAUUAAAAUGGAGCGGCAGUUACUAUAAUCUUAUUGGCAAAUGGGGGAGAAUUGUGAGAAGUAAGGGACUUGAAGCUGGGAAGGAGAUUAAACUAAGCUUUUAUAAUGGAUGUUUACACUUUUCCGUUCCACUUCAUCAAACUCCACCUGUACAACAACAACAACAACAACAACAACCACCUCAAAGUGUUCCUGCGCCAGUGGUGCGUCACGUUCCUGCACCAGUGGUGCGUCAAAACCACUGGCCAAUCAAAAAGGUCUUAACACUAUCUGAUGUGGACACCAAUCAUCCUUUUCUACCUUUGACACGUAGAUCAGUUGAAGAUCAUAUUCUUGUCCAUUGGACACCUCAGCAAAGAGAGCUUUUGAGAAAUGAAGAACAAGUAAAUUUAAAUGCACGCGAUGUAGAUACAGAUGAUAUAUACGUAAUGAAGCUGAGGUGGCGUGGAAAUUAUUAUAAUUUAAUAGGAAAAUGGGGCAAAAUUGUAAAAAGAAAGGGACUUGGUGUAGGGAAAGAGAUCAAGAUUCGCUGGGCUAAUGGGUGCUUAAACUUUUCUGUCCCGUAUGAACAGGUGGUGGCUCCAACAGCGGUUCCUGUUAUGAUGAGUCAUCAAGAGGAUUGGCCGAUUAGGAAGGUGCUGACAUCAUCAGACGUGGACAUAAAUCAUCCGUUUCUUACAUUACCCGGUAAGUCAGUUGAAGAUCAUAUUCUUUUGUAUUGGGCUUCUCAGGCACGAGAACAAUUAAGAAACGAACACCAAAUAAACGUGAACGCCCGAGAUGAUGACACGAACGACGUGUUUUUAAUGAAGUUAAAGUGGCGUGGUAGUUACUAUAAUCUUAUCGGGAAAUGGGGUCAGAUUAUUAGAGGGAAGAUGCUGCAAGUUGGGCAGGAGAUUAGAGUUCGUUGGGAUAAUGGGUUUCUGGUUUUCUCAGUUCCUCAAUCUUAAUGAUGUUAAAAAUAAAUGAUUGUUGAUAGAUGUUUGAACAUAGGACAUCCAUUUGAAUGCUUUCAUUUUGUAAAUCUGGAAGUGAGUUUUUACCAGUUUUAAUGAUUGUUUCGCUUGGUAAUGACUUGUAGCUAUAAAUUUUUAUUCAUGUGAGUGUAUUUGUAUUGAGAA